AGACAAUGUCGCAAAACUCAUGCUUAGGAGCGAAGGGGACGCGGUGCGUGCAUCUAUAACACCGCGGCGAACACAUGAAGACACGAAUACCAUCAUGUUUUUCUUCUGCACACAAAAAAAGAUUACCUCCAUCACUUGACUCAAGACGUUUUAUACAGGGGGAAAAGGUUAAAUGGACUAAAAUGGACAUAGAUAAAAGUACCAUACACCUCACGCUAGAUGGCGCUAUCAUCAGAAUGGUUCAGACAAAUAUUGAUUCGUCAAUAGAUGAUAAUGUGUAGCAGCGAGACAGGCAACCACUAACCUAACA